AGAACAUCUCGCAGUCCAUGGAGGUGCUGGACCUGCGCACCUUCCGGGACCUGCAGUACGUGCGGAACACGGAGGCGAUGAUGAAGGGCCUGGACUCGCGGCUCCGCGUGGCCUCUGAGAGCCACAAAUCCCUCAAUUCCCGCAGCUUCCAGGAUCUGCAGGAGAAGAUGAAGGAGCUGCUGCCUCUGCUGCCGGUGCUGGAGCAAUACAAAUCCGACUCCAGGCUGAUCGUGCACCUCAAGGACGAGGUCCGGAAUCUUUCCGGAAUUCUCCUGGCGAUCCAGGAGGAGAUGGGAGCCUACGACUACGAGGAGCUGCAGCAGAGAGUUCUGCUGCUGGAGGCCAGGCUCCACGCCUGCCUGCAGAAACUGGGCUGUGGGAAGCUGACAGGGGUCAGCAAUCCCAUCACCAUCCGAGCCUCGGGGUCGCGUUUUGGCUCCUGGAUGACCGACACCAUGACCCCCAGCGCCGACAGCCGGGUCUGGUACAUGGACGGUUACUACAAAGGCCGCCGCGUCCUGGAGUUCCGCUCCCUCUCCGACUUCAUCUCCGGCCAAAACUUCCUCCAGCACCUCCUCCCUCACCCCUGGGCCGGCACCGGCCACGUCGUCUUCAACGGCUCCUUGUACUACAACAAAUUCCAGAGCAACCUGGUGAUCCGCUACCACUUCCGAUCGCGCAGCGUCCUGGUGCAGCGCAGCCUCUCCGGCGCCGGCUUCAACAACACCUUCCCCUACUCCUGGGGGGGAUUCUCCGACAUGGAUUUCAUGGUGGACGAGAACGGACUGUGGGUGGUUUACACCACCAACCAGAACGCCGGCAACAUCGUCCUCAGCCGCCUGGAUCCGCAUUCCUUGGAGGUUUUACGGACUUGGGACACGGCGUAUCCCAAACGGAGCGCGGGGGAAUCCUUCAUGAUCUGCGGGAUCCUUUACGUCACCAACUCCCACCUGGCGGGAGCCAAGAUUUAUUUCGCCUAUCACACGAACACUUCCAGCUACGAGUACACCGAUAUCCCCUUCCAUAAUCAAUGCUACGAGUACACCGAUAUCCCCUUCCAUAAUCAAUAUUCCCACAUUUCCAUGCUGGACUACAACCCUCGGGAAAGGGUUCUGUACACCUGGAAUAACGGCCACCAGGUCAUCUACAACGUCACGCUCUUCCACGUCAUCAACACCGCCGGAGACCUCUGAAUUCCCUCAUUCCCCAGCUUUCAUUUGCUGCGUUUAUCUUCCCAUUUUAUCCCCUUUUA